AUGUCCACUUCCUCCGAACAACCCGAGAAGCCUCUCCACGAGCUCCUCACCACGUCCCUCGUAGACAUUUACGUUGGCUCGGAAAACACUGAUUGGACAAUCCAUGAGAAGCUCCUUUGCUACCACUCCCCCUUCUUCCGCAAAAUCUUCUACAACAAAGAGAACCGCGAGAGCAAAACCAAAUCCUACGGUCUCCCCGACUCCGAUGACCUGCCUUUCGAGCUCUUCGUCGGCUGGCUCUACUCCCGCGCCUUGCGCUACCCAGAGGCCGAAAAGGACGUAGGACCACUCCUCGACCUCUACUUCCUCAGCGAGCAGUUCCAGAUCACCAAGCUGAGUGACGACGUCGUGGAAACUGUGCGCGCAUUCUACCACAACAACGAGACAUACCCUGGCUUGAGGCGUGUGCAGUACGUCUACGCAAACACGAGCGAAGACAAUGAGAUGCGCGAGAUGAUGGUCAACAGCGUCGCAAGAUACUUGACACUGAGCGAUGCUAUCCCUGCGCACUGGGAGAAUGCGUUGAAGAAGAACGGGCAAUUGAGUGUGGAUAUCAUUCGCAGCAUUCAGCAGUGGCACUUGGAGGGCAGAAGUGUGCCCGACGCUAGAGACGUCAGCCAGGAUCGUGGGAGGGAGAAGGUUGGGUUUAGUGCUGUGGCAGAGGGAAUGUCGAUGACUGAAAUCAAAGACGAGGACGUGGAUCUUGACCACAGUAAGACUAACGGGAGUUCCUAA